AAUUACACUGUCAUUCGUUGGCAACAGACAAUAGAUAACAAUUCGAAAUAUUGUAUUACUGUGUUCGAAAUUCCCUUCUUCUCUUUUAGUGCAAGUUUUAAAUUACAACUUGCUUUAUUAUUAAUUUUUAGCUAUUAUUCAUUCAGUAUACAUUCAAUGAAUUAACAUUACUAAUUGGACGUUUAAUGAUGUUUAUAUGUUCAAUGUCAAAAAGGUGUCGUUUAUAAUCUAGACAUGGGUAGCAUUUUGUCACGGUUUAAGAGAAAAAAAAAUACAAAGCAAGUAUUGGAGUCUUUGGAAAAUGAAAUUAUGACCAUUGAAAAAAUGACAUCCAAGUCAUCUCCAAUCAAUUAUUAUAAGAUAAUAUUUCAUUCAGCGCUUUUAUACAGUUUGAUUACUAUACUAUAUUAUUUUGGUAUUUUUCAAUACAAAAUAUUAGAAAACAACUAUAUGAUGGCUGCUUUAGCUGCUUAUCCUAUUUUAGCACUAUACUACUAUAAAUUUGUUGUUUGGAACUAUAAUCGUAAAAAGGAACAUUACGAAAAAAAAUUAGCUGAAUUGAAAAAUGAAAAAAAAAAAAUUCUAGAUGAGGUUAUGGAGAAUGAAACAUUUAAAGUAGCUAAAGAAAUUUUAGAAAAAUAUGCACCUCACCAACUUCAUACUAUGAAUACUCAAAUUCUAAUUAACAAUCAAAGAAGCUUAUUAAACACUCCUAAUAGACCUCAAAUCGUUCCUAAUAGAACACAUCAAAGAGUAACACCAAAUGUUGGUCAAAUACCUGCAAUAAUGUCUUCUACAAUAAAACCUAGAUUAUCUCUUCCAAGACCAGUGCUUCCCAAAGAGCGUACUAUAUUUGAUAGAUUAGCUGAUAUAAUAUUAGGAGAUGGUCCUCAAAAUCGAUAUGCUUUAAUAUGUAGAACAUGUGGAUCUCACAAUGGAAUGGCACGAAAAGAAGAAUUUGAAUAUUUGGCUUAUCGUUGUGCUUAUUGUUCACAAUGGAAUCCAUCAUUAAAACCCAGACCUGCUUUAUCUCAAUUUGCAAUUUCUUAUGAUAAAAAAGAUCUAACAAAUAAUAGCCAAUCAGAUAAUUCUGAAACAAUUGAAGAAAUUACUAGUGAAGAAAAUUCUAAGAGUGAACAAAAAGGCUUUAAAAAUGAAGAUUCAAAUUUAGACAGUUCUGAACCAAUAGUUGAAGAACCAGAAGAUUCACAGCAAAUAGAUGUUUCAAUUAAUAAUCUUGAUGACGAAAAAAAAGAAAAAUUCGAACCCAUUGAAAAAUCUACAGCAUUAGUAGAGGCAUCAUAGAUUUUAAAGUGGAGUAUUUUACCAAAAUACAUGUUCAGUUUGAGUAAUAUAUAGAAAUUGUUUUUUUGUUUAAUCGAGAGAUUCCUACUUAGACUUCAAGAAUAUAUAGAAAUAAGACUUGAUGUAUUGAAAUUUAUAAUUACUCCAAGAAAUGCUCUAUUAAUGUUUUAAAAAAGCUUUUAAGUUAUGUAUUUACAUAAAUAGUUAACAGGGUAUUGAUUAUAUUAUUAUGUAACAAGCAUUUAUUCAUUAAGCAUUGGAUAAUAUUUUGUGUUAAUAUACAUUUGUAACAAAAUAUCUUUAUUUAUUUCAAUUUUUACUUACAAAAUAUAUUUUACUAACAUGUGUAAAUUUCAUAUUGAAUAAUUUUUUUAAUUUUUCAUGUUACUUUAUUCUAAAAAAUGAUACUCUAAUGUAGUUCUUAUUCUUAAUUAAUGAUGCCUAUUUUAAAAAUCACUAUUUACAAAAAAAAAAAAUGUUUCAAACAAUUUUUAUAAAUGUAUAGUCUAAAACUUUGAUAAUGUGUUAUUUACAUAGGGAGUUAAACUUUUUGGGGCUGUUACAAAUAAACUCAAGCAACUAUAAUUGAAUAAUUAUAAUAAAUAUAAAUUGAACAAUUAGAAAUAGUUGUUGAUAAUUUUUUUAUUACUAUACAGUGUGAUUGAUUUGUUAGGUUCAUUUUUCAAUAUCUCAACAAUGGCAAAAUUUUACAUAACCCGCACCUCUCUCAGUCUAUAUAUACAGAGUGA